UCUUCUCUCCGGAGCACCCGCUCGCACCGCACCGGAGUCUUUGCUUGUCCCCAGCCCCGUGUGUCCAGGGAUCCCAUGGAGCCCGCGCACGGCGCGUCCCCGGGGGACGGCGCUGCUGAGUUGCUGCUGAGAGAGCUGGAGCGGCAGGUGCAGGAUGUGGUGCGGGCGAGCUCCUGGUGGGAGCGCCGUGGUGUGGACUGCGCCAUCCUCGCUCUCAGCCUGCUCGCCUUGCCCGCGGGGUUCCUGUGCCUACGUUUCCAUAAUGUCCUGGCUUUCGCCACUGGCAUCACAAUCUUGGGCAUGUGCCAUUACACACUCACGGUCAAGGGCAGCCACCUGGCCACUCACGGUGCUCUCACAGAGUCCAAACGCUGGGGCAAGAUCUUGAUGAUUUUCUUUGUGGAGGUAUGCACGGCCUUUCCUGCGGAGUUCGGUAAGUUCAACCACGUCAACUUACACCAUAGCUAUACCAACGUGGUGGGCCUGGGAGACUCGAGCACAUGGAAGAUGCCGUGCCUCAAUCGCUACAUCUACAUGUUCCUGGCACCUCUUCUCAUCCCCAUCUUGACUCCACUGGUAGCUCUUGAGCAUCUGAGGAAGGAAGAGCUGAGGGUGGCACUUCGGACAUUGGUCUUCAUGUCACUGGGCCUUUAUUCUCAGUAUUGGCUGCUCCUGAAUGUGUCGGGCUUCAAGAGCCCCAGUUCAGCGCUGGCUUGCAUGCUGCUUGCCAGAUCCCUGCUGGCCCACCCCUAUCUCCAUGUCAACAUCUUCCAGCACAUCGGAUUGCCCAUGUUCUCCCUGGACAAGAAGCCCCGGCGAAUUCACAUGAUGAGCCUGGGGGUGCUGAACCUGCCACGGCAGCCGGUGCUGGACUGGGCAUUCGGCCACUCACUCAUCAGCUGCCACGUGGAGCAUCACCUCUUCCCUUGGCUCUCCGACCACAUGUGCCUGAAGGUGAAGCCCUUGGUGUCCAAGUUUCUUCAUGACAAGCAGCUGCCCUACAAUGAGGACUCCUACCUGGCACGCCUCCAGCUCUUCCUCAGUCGCUACGAGGAGUUCAUGGUGCAUGCUCCCUCCAUCACUGAGCUAGUGGGGCUGCAGUGAAGGCCGGGCCCCUCCCCAGCCCAGUCCUGGCUCUCAGCGCUGCUGGCCCUGGUAGGACAGCUGGCCCUGGGCAGACUGAAGCAGAGCAGACUGCGCCUGGUGUCCUGGGGGUCUCCUGCUCUGCUUGCUUUCCUGGGAGCUGAGUGGGCGAAGGACAGAGAGCAAUCCAAGGGCUGUAUGUGCAUCCUGGUCCACCUAGGCCUCAGCUGACCCCAUGUCAGGAUCCCUUUCUCGGCUGCAUCUGAGCCAGGGUAGAGCUGAGGGGGCUGGUGACAGGGGAGAUGGGGUUCUGUGCCCGUGUGGAGGAGGUACAGAGAGAAGGGCCAGCCUCCUCAGCUCAGCCUCCUCAGCUCAGCCCUCCCUUAGUGCCUAGGACUCAUACACUUCCCAGGCUGCUGCUUCCUCCUGUUCUGAGGUUCUAGUCCCCCAGGGCCAACAGGAUGAGGUCACUUUGGCAGGCUUGCCCUAGCUCUUCAACCAAAGGAGCCUGAACCGGACCAGAUUCAGCAGCUCCAGAACCCACAGUAUCAGGAAGAUAAAAAGGAGUGUGUUUCCGGGGAGGCGCUCCAGAGGGGAGCAGAUGCCUCUGGCACGAAAUUAGAGAAAGCACCCCCAGUUUUGAGCAUGACCUUGGCUAUCUCUAGACAAGUCUGCUUUGUUCCAUAUUUAGAAGGAUCCAACCUGGGUGGAUUACUGGGAAGCAGCCGAGGAUGGGGGAGGUGAACUGGUACCAGGCCAGGAGGGCAGAGCGGGGUGAUCAAAGAGGGGCGGGUGGGAUGGAACAGGAGAGUUGAGGACAAGGCUAGGCUUGGCUGUGGGAGGGCGGUUUGCAACCUGGGUCGGAGCCACUGUUGCCAGACCUAGGAGGAAGCCAAGCUGGGGACAUCACCGAGAGCCAGCCCGACGGACAACAGACAGAGGUUGGGAACUGCCCCAGCCCGGGAUGGAGUAGAGGGUUCACGGAAGGGCCCAGGGGAGACUGGAGGAGGAGUGACGAGGUUAGACCUGCACCAGGAGGCCAGGGCAGUUAGUUCACAACCUGGCUUCUCACCUCAGCCCUACUGACAUCUGGCUGAUUCUUGGCAGGCUGCGAUAAGCACUGUGUGCACCCCUGGCUUCUACUGACUAGAUGUUGGGAGCCCAGACCACGACAAUCAAAACUGUUUGCUCAUACAGCCAAUGGCAAAACUGUCCCCGAUUGAGAACAUACAAUCAUUCUCCUGAGUGUAUAACUGCAGUUAAAUCAUUGGAUGGGAGGGUAGACUACCCUGAUGAUGAGAACCCAUGGGACGGGCAGGCAGCUGGGAACACCAGCCUGGCUGAGCCCACCUCUGGGGUCUGAAGUAGCCUGGGCAGAUGUAGCUGUCACUGGGAUGGACACCAUUUUCCUGCUUCCUUCACCUGGCCGUCCUCCAGCAGAGACCACAGCUUCUCCCAGGACCCUUUCCUCCAGCCAUGGCUCUUGGGCAGCCCCUCCUUUGGGCUCAUUCUGGGCAGGGCCUGGUCUGGCAAUGAUUUCUAGCUGCUGCUGGCCCCUAGGUGCUUCUCUGUCUCCGUAUCUGCUCAGAGGUCCUUCCUUACACGCUCUUCACUCUUCCUUUUGAUUGUGUGUGUGUUUUGAGUGUGUUAGUGUGUGUGUUUUGAGUGUGUGUGCGUUAGUGUGUAUGUUUUGAGUGUGUAGUGUGUUUUGAGUGUGUGUGCGUGCGUUAGUGUGUAUGUUUUGAGUGUGUAGUGUGUUUUGAGUGUGUGUGUGUUCCCUGCUGGGAGGCUCACAAACAGCAGUUUUGGCUUCACAAAUCUUGGGAUGGUGUGGGCUUGGCAGCCGCCCCCACCUCCUGCCCUCCUAUGUAUCACUGCUGCUCAUUUGAAAUGCAUUAGCAGUUCAGGAGGAGGACUAAGGUCUGAGAGUAUGAUUCAUCAAACUGCAAAUUCUUCCUAUGAAAAAAUGCAAUGUCAGAAAAGGCUCCUGGCGGCAUACUGAAAGCUAAUGAU